UGUUUUGGUUGAUAAAUAAUUUGUGUUUAGGUACUACAAGAAAUAAUUUUGAAGGGAAAAAAGUUAUUCACUUGGAAUACGAAGCAUAUACUUCAAUGGCAGAGACCGAAAUAAAGAAAAUCUGCAGAGAUGCUAGACAAAAAUGGCCAUCAGUCAAACAUAUUGCAGUACACCAUAGACUUGGUGUGGUUCCAAUAACCGAAGCAAGUGUAAUUAUUGCAGUCUCCUCUCCACACAGAGCAGAAUCACUUGAAGCUGUAACGUACUGCAUCAAUACCUUAAAAGCAUCUGUCCCGAUCUGGAAAAAGGAGAUUUAUGAGGAUGAAUAUUCUUGGAAAGAAAACAAGGAAUGCUUUUGGGCAAAUUCAGAAAAGUAACGGUACUCUUUUAAAAAUAAAGUGUUACUGUUCCUAAUGA